CCUCCACCUUCGCCUCAGCGGCGCGGGCAGGCGAGAGGUGCUGGGUGCUCGCUGAGGAGCCGGUGCGGUCCUCGGGGCUCGGCGGCGACCAUCAGGGGAGGAGGGUGGCGAGGCGCAGGGCGAGUGAGCCGCCGCAGGGAUGAGGGAAGACUCGUACUUCUUUGGAAUGCGAGGCCUCGGUCACUAUGGCUGCAUCCCGGAGGACGGAGGACAGUUCUUACUCUACUCUAUAAAUGGAGACAACGAUUUAAAGAGGUGUUUUGCAGAGGAAGAUUUUCAUGAAAUAAUUGACUUCAACGAUCUCCCAAAUUCUCUCUUUGCUUGUAACGUUCACCAGUCUGUGUUUGAAGAUGAGGACAGUAAGGAAAAAUUCGAAGGCUUGUUCCGUGCCUACGAUGACUGCGUGACAUUCCAGCUGUUUAAAAGCUUCAGGCGUGUGCGGAUAAAUUUUAGUAGUCCCAAAUCAGCUGCUCGUGCCAGAAUAGAGCUGCACGAAACACAGUUCAGAGGGAAGAAGUUAAAGUUGUAUUUUGCACAGAUUCAGACCUCCGAGACAGAUGGAGACAAGCUUCAUUUGGCACCGCCACAGCCUGCAAAACAGUUUCUCAUCUCGCCUCCGGCCUCCCCACCUGUAGGGUGGCAACCGAUAGAUGACGCGACACCUGUCAUCAACUACGACCUCCUUUACGCAGUCUCGAAGCUAGGACCAGGAGAGAAAUACGAGCUGCAUGCAGGAACGGAGUCCACUCCCAGUGUGGUGGUCCAUGUCUGCGACAGCGACAUGGAAGAAGACGAGGACCCAAAGAAUUCUCCAAAGCCAAAAAUCAUUCAAACUCGGCGCCCUGGUCUGCCACCUCCUGUAUCUAACUGAGCCUCUCCGGCAGAAGCAGCACUUCUCUCCUCCAGCACAGCUCUUGGUUUUUGUUUGCUUUGUUUUGUUGAAAGGCUGCCAUUGCCUUUUGAGUACCAGGACAUUAAACUCAUUGAAAUCCCUUCACAGUAAUCAAGCCUAUGUGAUAAAAGGGCUAGGAAAAAAAAAGAUCUUUGUAUAUGUAACCAUAUCACACACCAACUAAUAGAUUUUUCUGGCAAGGACAAAACCAGGCUGAAGAAACAAGGGAGGGUUUCAGUCUGAGGGUCUUCUCACAGCUGUAAUUUGCAUGCUGAAACGCCGCUACCAGAGGGGUCGUUCAGGGUGGGCAAUUAGGCCGACAUCAGGCUUGAUAUUCAAACUCUCACAAUAUUUGCUAGCACCCUUCAUCAAGCAGCCAGCUCCUCUGCCCUCCUCAGUUCCCCAGAAGACCUUAGUCUUUUUUUUUUUUCCUUUUCUUUUUUUUUUAAAGCGGGGGCAUGUGUUGUUUUUUCUCUACUAUAGUAGCUUGGUGGCCUUUUUAUUCCCCCUGGAAUUUUCUUUCAGGAAUACUAUCUUUGCAACAUUUUCAGAAACAGCAGAAAAAACAUCCUCUUCCACCAACAGGUGUAGAGUGCACUGGUCCUUAGUGGUGGCCGGGACGCGAGACAGAGCUCUCUCCGCUGAGGGCAGAGGCGGCACCUUGCUGGAGGGUCUGGUGUCUUUCCAUCUUUCUCUCUAAGGAGGAGGGAGCCAGAACAUCAGUAGGGUUUGUCAUUUUAUCUUCCAUAAAGGUGUGAGCAGCACUUUCUCUUGAGUCUAAGAAAGAGAAGCUGAAGGACUGCUCAUUUAAGAUGGGGUUCGUUGCCCUCUGUCCCAGCUGUAAGUUCUAGUGAGGACACGGGCUGAAUGCCUUCCUAGCGGUGUGUUGAAUAGCCCUGACACUGUUAGUAGUUACUUGCACAUCCCGAAUAUUCACACCUUUUCCCUCCCCACUUCCUGCGCUUUAAAGCCCUUUUUGAGCUGUAUGCAGUUUGGGUUUGUGGAGGUGAGGAGAGGUUACUUGGUGUUCUUUUGUUGUUGUUGUUUUUUUUUUUUCCUUUUCUUUUUCCUUUUUUUUUUUUUUGGUAGGCCAAAGAAAACAGGACCAUAAUUACACACUUGAAAUUAGACUGCAUGCAACUGAAUCCCCUUUUUUCACUGUCCCGCAUGUUUCUUUCACUUGCAAUGUAUACUGGGUUACAAAAAUUGUUCUGUGUUUUCAUCAUGGCUGACAGCAGACAGAUACUGAGUUCCCUGUCUGGCAGACCAUCCGUGAUGAUUUUUUUUAUGCGUACUUGUCAUUUUGAGAACAUAUUUUCUAGGCAUUUGAGCUCAGAUUUUGCAUAUAUUUAAGCAUGCGCUUAAUUUAUGCACAUGAGUAGUUCCACUGAAAUUAAUACUGCAGAAAACUGAGCAUAUGCGUAAGAUACGGUGGGAUUUUUAAGCUAAUUAGCUGCAGCUGUACUCCCAAAAGUGACUAUAAAAUGGCACAGUGAGAUUCCAGAGUUUAAAAUCCUUUACAAGUUAAAAAUAAGUAAAUACCUCUUGGAAGCUCAUUCUAGGAUCUGAGAAGUCGGCUUAGGUUCUGUAAUCGAGAUUUUUGUCAUAAAACCUAAUGAUCUGGUUCCUGAGGGAGGGUUCCAUUCCACCCUUAGUUAGCAGUGAGGCUACAGGCUUCAGCAGAGUCCAGUCCCCCUUGCUCCGGGGUACCGGCUCUGCGGGAAUUCCAGGAAGAAAAGCACGUCGCUUUGUCGGUGAAGAUGGGAGAUGCCAUUCUCAACGUGCUUGGUGAGGACAUUCUAAGAAUGAGGACUUGCCGUUCUCAUAUAGUUCAUUCCCUGACCACCACUGCCCCCUGAUAUUCCUGUUGAGACGUAGGGAUUUACUUAGCAUCUAUCUAUAACGUGAUACUUGUUACUGCAUUACUGACAUCGUCGUGCACGUGUUACACUAAUAGAGGCGCGUUAAAUACAGCAGAGACUGAACAAAAAACGGGGCUUUCGUAUCCUCAUGAUAUCUGUGUAAAGUUGUCUUAAAGUAACUCCUUAGAGGUUUCCCUUCAAUCAUUUUUUUGGGUGAUGCAUUUGGAAUUGGUUUAAAUAAAUAAAUUGUCAUUCACUGCCCUAGGACUGUAACCCGAUGUUCCUGUUGAAAGCACCAUCAUAGGCCACCUACAAUGUUUCAGGAGUAACACCAUGGUCUUUUUUGAGAAGAUACAGAAUGCUAAGGUCCAUGGCAUUUAGACCAGUAUAAACAGGGAGGGUAAGAUUUAAAUGCGUAAGAAUUUUGUGGUUGAUAUCUGCUGUAUGAAAGAGAUUACUGGCCCCAUCCUCAACUGAUGUAAGCGAUCAGAGAUAUCUCCAAUCAAAGCUGAUACUCUGGAUUUUUUUUACGUGCAAAAGUGUUGGAGGUCGAGUCUAGUCCUUGUACCCCUGUACUCAAACUUUGGAGAGACUUGAACUAUGGAGUUUGGCCUCAAAUGAUGUAAAACUGUUCUGCAAAUUAAAGCAUUGGAUCUUAAGCGUUCUUUCCUCAAAGUGCAUUUUCAGACAGAUUUAAAACCAGGCCCCAUUCAACAACUACUCUUUGUCUUUAUAAAAGUAUGCCGUCCUUCCCAGGAGGGAAUGGAACACAGCUCUAGAGCGCAGAAAUAGAAACACAGCUACAAACCUGAAAACUGAGAGAAGCCCGUUGUAACUAUGGGCAAAGCUCAUAUAUCACCUUUAUAGGAUAAAAGAUGGUCAUCGUAGAAAAAUGUUUCAUGUAUUAUGGAAUAAUGUCCCUAUCGUAAAACUAACAGCAUUUGUGACUCUCUUAAGAGAACGUGGCACUUUGCUAAAGGCUGGUUCUUGCCUGGCAUGGAAGAAAGGCUUCUUUCAAAUAAUGCUGGCCAUCUGGAAGAGUAACUGUCCUAUUUAAUGCAGUAAUUCACAGGCAGAGCCCCUACUUACUUCCGUGGGAGUUUUCUUUUGUGUAGCAUCUCCGAGCUCAGUCCCUCUGCCUUGCCCUGUCACGGGGUGUCCGCAGUGCUAACGUAGAGUCUCUCGUGUUGUAAGACUAUAAAUAAGAAUGAAAUCCCUGGGUUACAGUUCAGCUCCUGAUGCGCAGUGACAUAGAUGACGUCCUUUUAAUUUCCUUUCCGAGGCAGGAGCUCGUGCGAGCGGCUGGCAGCGAUACCCUGGGGCCCUCUGCCGAGUGGACCUUGCUCCUGCUGCUGGUUGGAAAUUAAAGAAGGAAAUCAGGGGAGGACAGUUGCUGUUCCUGUCGCCCACUGCCUGCUUGUCCUUUCUGACCUCUUGAGAUACGAAACCAAAAAUUAAAUGACUUUCCCAAGUACAGUUAAAAGCAUGAAAACAUUUACAAUGCAUGGAGAAAAGGUAUUUUGGAAUCGGCUCUUUUGGAACAAAAGAACAAAGAAUUUCUGUGGCCUUGAUUUUUGUAAUUAAGACAAGGUAGUACAGACGUCCCCCUCCCUAACAUACCCAUACGCACUCAAGCACGCUUUGUUUUCAGCAAGAAAACAUGGAAGGAGCAUCCCUUCCUCAGCCAUAACAAGACUACAGACAUAGUUAUUGUAAAAUGCUUUAUAUUAUAAAAAUGUGCCCCAUAGAUAAAUUGUUUGACGCUUAUUUGAUCCCAAACUGGGUGGGACGGGGUGGGUUGUUUUUAUUUUGGUCUUUUUUCCCCCCUCCCUCCCAUUCAGCAACCGCGAGAAAGCUUUCUGCAAAAAGAAAGGCUUCUUUGUACAGAGUAACGGACUGAACCAUCUUGCAAGACUUGAUUAUAGUGGUACGUCCGAGCACUGUGACAGGUUAUGAUGUUAGCAUUUCCAUUAUAUUGUACAUACUUUUCAAAUAUUCUAUUUAGUCAUAUUUUAUAGGAGUAUUAAAAAGCUAUUGGCUAAUUAAUCACUUUUACACUUGUAUACUUCAGAGCUUAGUUUAAAAAAUAAAUACGGCAAACAAUAUUUUUGUGUUCUGCUUGCAUUAGCGUUUUGAAAAGCAACAUUUAAAGAGUUAAACUAUAUUAAUGAACUGACUAGUGUGGUAUAUACCACGGCUCUCUUAACUGGUAGAACUGAAAAUGCUUAAAUGCGUGACAUAGGCCAAACUCUGUUUCAGUAGAAAUUAGGGGGGAAACCCAGCCCUCUAAUUGGCAGGAUCUGCCAUGUUCCGUUUUAAAUUGCUGCAGUUUUGCAGAGUUGUGUGAACUUGCGGUGGUUUGCGGUGGAUUUGGUGAGGUGUGCGCAAAAAAGCCCCAUACAGCGCAAUCCCUGCUGAGCAAAAGCACAUCCCUGGCAGCUGACGUGGUCCUUACUGCGCUUUUAUAAUAAUGGGUAAAUACGGUGGGCAUGAGCGCUUGAACAAAACAUUGGCACCCAGCCACCAUCCAGGCUGGGGAAAACCUUCUGUUAACAUGAAUUAUUACAAAACCUGAAACUAAUUGUUUGUAGUCAAUUUGUACUGAUCUUGCAAAGGAUUGGAAACCAGGCGAUGAGUGUGCUGAUUAACUGUCUUGUGAAAUGCUUAUAUUUGAUCACUCGGAUCUGCAUUUGGAAAUUUUUUUUUUUCUGGGGUGCCUGGCAUAAAAGACUGAGUUUCUCAAAGGGGUGAUUGUUUGUGAUUCUAAAAAUUAGAUCUGCUUAAGAAGUCUGGUUGCAAAUGUAACCUCUGAGCUCACCAAUUCCUAUUGAAAAGACAGGCCUUAACCUCUGUGUUUUGGUUAGAAAAAGUAGUAAUAGUCAUUUUCUUGUACUAGAGCUAGUACUAGAGCUAAAACGCACUACAGGAGGCCUGAGUUAUUCUUCACUGUUGAGCACAAAUGAGGUUUCCCCAACUACGGUCAGGUUCUUCAUCUGAUCCGACUGAAACGUGGCAUUACCUCCACGCCGAUUGUGGCUCUUCCUCUUGCUUGGCGUUGGACACAGCUCCUGGAAAUAAGCUUCGAGGCUUCCAUGGUAAAUGGCAGGGACCUGCACGUCCCAGAGGAUCUCAAACUGGUCUUUAGCUGUGCAUAUAACUUCAAUGCGUGCUUAAUUUGCACACACAAAUAAGCAAUAUUGAUUUAUACUGGGCAUUUGUGCACGCAAGUGAUAACGUGCAACCUAACCCUGCACGGUACUGAAUAAUGGGAGUCAGCAGUGUUUCUCCCAGCAGCAGCAGGGGCCCGAGGUUUCCAUGGCUCGUGCCUUGGUUACUUACAGCGGAAGCUCUCUAUGCUUCGUUACUGAUCGGCUGGCUAUUGCCGUUCCUUGUGCAGCCUCGGGUUUUUGUCCUAAAGAGCUACAAUCAAGGCAAGAGAGGUGGUGAUUUAAGAAGGAGGCGUUGGAAAGUGCAGAGCAGAGUCCAGCUCUGCAGCUGGGUCUGUAGUCGCCAGCUCACUGCUGGGCGGCCCAGCUUCUUAAAAUGGAUUCAGCAACUCACAGGGCUCGGGUCUUUCAGUCUUUUACUGCCCAAUGAUGAAAGCUUGAAGCGUCAGUUUGGUGGCAUCAUAGAGAGACGUCUGGAACAGCUUGCUUGAAGUGAAGGCAAUACCUGUCAUGGAUCUGGGGAGCUGGAACAAGCUUUCUAUGGGAGAGGGCAUUUAAGCAGGGUAUUGUGCAUAUCCUGAUUAAAGUUAGUGCUUUCAGAUCGCAUCCUCUAAAGAACCUUUACUAAAUUUAUUUUUGUUCCUUCUUUAGUGGUAAACAUUUUACCAUUAAACAUUUAGCCACUUAAGACUUUCUCUCACGUACCAGUCUGAAUUUAAGACCUUUGCCUUUCCUUGGUUUCCCUCUGCCUGUGGAAUCAUAUUUAGUUCCGUUUUACCAAAAAAGCAAAAUCAGGUAUGGAUUUGAGUCCCAGACAGACCCUCAUUCAUACUCAUCCUCAUGUAAUGCUCUUGAAUAACUAGUUAUGCUAGCAAAAAAAACCACGCAAAAAUCCAAAGUCUGCUUUUCCCGUUUUAGCACAUCUUCUGGGGGGAGUACAGCGGCUUUCAAAUGUUCUAGGCUCCUCUUAAAAGGAGAUGUUUUUUCUAAUGUGAGCUGUGCUCUUUUUUUAAACACAUGUAGACUGCGGCAUUCAGGGGGAAAAUGACGAGGAAGUGUCGUAAAAACUCUUUCCCACACAUCUAUUUGAAGUGCCGGGUGUAUUUGCUUUGGCUUGGAGGGGAGCUUGCACUGUUAGAGGUAGAAGAGCAGCAGCACUCCAAUGGAAGGGCAAGAACCUCCACUGCAGAGAUGCUCAAAGGCAUUAAAAAAAAAAAAAAAGCCUUAAUUCGUCUCUCCCCUUUUGUCAAUUUGUUCAGUCGCUACACAGAGAUUCUGGGGCUACAGAGUCAGGGGCUUCCUCACUCACCUGCGUAAAAGUAUCCAGCAAGAAGGAUUACACUUCUCUAUUAUUAUACACCGGAAAAUCAGCCUUGUUUUAACAAAUUAUUGUAACUGAUCAUUUAUCUAGUAUGAGAAAGUUGUGUCUACAUUAGUGUCGCACAGAUGUGUUCUCCUCGGUUAACAAAGGUAAAUGUUUUGAAUUCCAUUUUAGAGCAGAGUUCUUGUUCAGAAACUUCUGAAAGAAAUGCCAUCUGUAAUGACUGACGGAUCCUUAAGUGUCAACUCGGCAAGUUGUCCUACUGUGGGUAGCUGCAGAAAUAUUUCAUGUAUGUUGUUGUAGAUUUAAAAAACAUUACUCAUGUUUUCAUUCAAGUGUCUGCAUUUCUGACACAGAUGUGACAUAUCUGUAUAUAUUAUAAAUCAAUACUAUUUUUAACCACGUAUUUUGUACAAAUAUUCACAUUAGCUCUGUACUUCAGUGAAAAUCUAUUAUGGUAUUAAACAUUUUGGUGGAAUUAGCAAA